AUGCUGGUGCACACUUACUCCCCCAUGGAGCGCCCCGACGGGCUGGGCGCGGCGGCCGCAGGGGCUCGUCUGUCUUCUCUGCCCCCGGCGGCGUACGGGCCGGCGCAGCCGCUCUGCCACACGCCGGCCGCCGCCGCCGCCAACGACUUCCAGCCGCCCUACUUCCCUCCGCCCUACCCGCAGCCGCCACUGCCCUAUGGCCAGGCGCCCGACGCCACCACCGCCUUUCCCCACCUGGCCAGCGACCCGUACACCGGUCUGGCGCCCCUGGCACAGCCGCAGCCUCCACAGGCCGCCUGGGCCGCGCCCCGCGCCUCCGCCCGCGCCCACGACGAGCCGCCGGGCUUGCUGGCGCCGCCAGCCCGAGCCCUGGGCCUAGACCCUCGCCGGGACUACGCCGCCGCGGUGCCCCGGCUCCUGCACAGCCUGGCAGACGGCGCGCACAGCCUAGCGGACGCGCCCCUUGGCCUCGCAGGGCUGGCGGCGCCGCCUGGCCUGGAGGACCUGCAGGCCAUGGAUGAGUCGGGAAUGAGCCUCCUGGACCAGUCCGUGAUCAAGAAAGUCCCCAUCCCCUCCAAAGCCAGCAGCCUCUCCGCUCUCUCACUGGCCAAAGACAGCCUUGUUGGCGGCAUCACGAACCCCAGUGAGGUCUUCUGCUCCGUGCCAGGCCGGCUCUCACUGCUCAGCUCGACGUCCAAGUACAAGGUGACAGUGGGGGAGGUCCAGCGGCGACUCUCGCCCCCGGAGUGCCUCAACGCCUCACUCCUGGGUGGUGUCCUUCGCAGGGCCAAGUCCAAGAAUGGAGGCCGGUGCCUGCGGGAACGGCUGGAGAAGAUCGGGCUCAACUUGCCAGCUGGGCGUCGCAAGGCCGCCAACGUGACUCUGCUAACUUCGCUGGUGGAGGGAGAGGCCAUCCACCUGGCCCGAGACUUCGGCUACAUCUGUGAGACUGAGUUCCCAGCCAAGGCAGCUGCCGAGUACCUGUGCCGACAGCACGCUGACCCCGGGGAACUGCACAGCCGCAAGAACAUGCUGCUGGCCGCCAAGCAGAUCUGCAAGGAAUUUGCGGACUUGAUGGCUCAGGACCGCUCACCACUGGGCAACAGCCGCCCAGCACUCAUCCUGGACCCCGGAGUGCAGAGUUGCCUGACACACUUUAGCCUCAUCACCCAUGGCUUCGGCGGGCCAGCCAUCUGUGCUGCCCUCACUGCCUUCCAGAACUACUUGCUGGAAUCACUCAAGGGGCUGGACAAGAUGUUUCUAAGCAGUGCGGGCAGUGGGCAUGGCGACACCAAGGCUUUGGAGAAGGAUGCCAAGCAUCGGAAAUAA